CCCCACUUUCUCUUUGUAGCUUGUCCCCUUUCGUUUAUUCUUGAACUUGAAAAUAAUUCCUUGCUGAUUUUUUUUUUUGCUUUUUUUUGUAAAAGGGUAGGCUUUAUUUGUGGAGUGGAGUUAUUAGAUUCCCAUAUGUCAGCAGUGCAAGAAGAAGACAUGAUGGUGGACUUCAGCCAAAAUUAAUUGCUUUGCUUGCAUCUGGCUCUGGUGUUCAUUUGUUUCUCUUUGGAGAUGCUUUGUCUAAAGGCAGAAGCUUUGGAUGAAGACCACCAUCCUCAAAGUCCUAUUAAUAACAGCAGCAAUGGGAAUGAAAAUUGCAAUGGUGGUAAUAAUGGGGGUUUUAUUUUACCAAUCAACUGGGCAAGCUCUAUUAAUAGAUAUUUGCAAUGGAAAAGUGGCAAGGUUUGGAGCAGGUCAUUUUCAGCUGGUGACGACCCUUGUACCUCUUGUUCUGAGUUGCAGGAUACUAAGCCCCAGGAAAGGAGUGGACAAGAGAAAAGUCAGCAGAUGUGCCAUUAUAAGUACCAGCUUGAACAAGAUGUUAAAAAGUUGCAGCAGCAGUUGCAGGAAGAGACUGAUUUGCACUUAGCUCUAGCAAGUGCAGUCGAACACUGUGGUUCACCUUCUCCUAAUUCUCCCAGCAAGCUUCCAGAUAAGGUCCAGGAGCUUUUAGAUAGCAUAGCUGUUCUAGAGAUUACAGUAUCAAAGCUUGAGCAAGAAUUUGUUUCUUUACAAUAUCAGCUUAGUCAGGAGAGGAAUGAGCGACGUCUCGCUGAGUACCGUUUUAAACAUUUGCCAUGUGCCGCACCAUCUGUUUUUGAUAGCUCUCUGGCUUACUUAACAGAACCAAUUGCAAGACAUUGUAAUGAAGAGGAAGCAGAAGCAAAUAUGGAUGAUAUGCCUCUACCGCAGGCUGUUCUCGACAAAGAUCAUUUUGUGGAGAACCUUUGGCAUCAUCCCAAUCAGCUAGCUGAAGAAAUGGUCCUGCGUAUGAGAGAUAUUUUCAUCUUCUUAGCAGAUUCAUCCAAGCUUUCUUCUUCCCAGUAUUUGGUGUCACAAGCUUCACCUCAUUGCCACCUUGCCAACUUUUUGGAAUCUUUCUCAGACUCAUCCAUUGCAACUUCCUUAGUAAAAAGUCCCUCCGGAGGUGGUGCAUAUGAUCCAUAUGGAGUCUCUGGCAAAGUGGACUGGACAAGUUGUAUUGGGGCCUACAGCGCAGCAGUUGAAGUCUCAUGGUUGUCUGUUGGGAAGAAAGAACUUGAAUAUGCUGCUAUGGGUCUAGAAAGAUUCAGAUUACUUGUUGAGCAGUUGGCCAGAGUGAAUCCAUCUCAAAUGAGUUGCAGUGAGAAGCUGGCAUUUUGGGUUAACUUGUAUAAUGCUUUGAUUAUGCAUGCAUAUUUAGCAUAUGGAGUUCCAAGAAACGAUAUCAAACUAUUUUCCUUGAUGCAGAAGGCUGCCUAUAUUGUUGGAGGACUUUCAGUGAGUGCAGCUGACAUAGAAUGCACCAUUUUAAAGAUGAAUCCUGCUGCUUAUCGUCCACAAAUUGCUGGAUUUCUUGCACUUCAUAAAUUCAAGGCAUCUGAUGAGCAGCAGAAAUAUUCAAUUGAUCAUCCUGAGCCUCUUCUAUAUUUUGCUUUAAGUUGUGGGUUGCAUUCUUCGCCCGCGGUGAGGAUUUUCAAGCCUGGAAAUGUGAAUGAGUUGCUAAAAAGGUCACUGAAAGAUUACAUUCAGGCAUCUGUUGGUAUAAGUAACAAAGGGAAACUAUUGGUGCCUAAAUUGUUGCAUUCUUUUGCCAAAGGAGUUAUUGAAGACUCACUGUUACCCGAUUGGAUUUGUAAAUUCUUAUCAGCACAGCAAGCCUCCAUGGUUAGAGAUUGUUUAUCGCGUAAUAAGUGGAGGCUCCUUGGCGCUCGAAGCUUCUGUGUCCUACCUUUUGAUUCAAGAUUUCGCUUUCUCUUCCUAUUGGAUGAUAGGAACUCCCUUACCUCACCACCCAACUCGUAAAAGGUUAUGGGAAACAGAUUGUAAAAUCUCAUGCUUAGACUUCUAAAGCAGGGAAUUCUUGAACACACCAGCUGUAUCCGUGUUACCUGCCAGUAAUGUGUAUAUUGCUUGGUCCGAGUAGAACCAGCAAGGAUCAAAUUGUACAGUAGUAGUGGCCGUCAAUGGAAAUUUUCUUGGAUGAA